AUGUCGCUGUUCACUCCCGUUAAUCCCACGCCGAGAGACCAAAGCUGCCACUUCGACGCACUGAAAGGCAGCUUCUGUAAGGCUUCAGGGCUCCAGGCCGCUUCUGUGGAUGCGCUCAGAAACGCCCGCAGUAUCUUCAGCCCCCUCAAGUCCCUGGGACGCCUGGUCGCGGACACACCGGCAACCAUGCCGUUAAGUUUCAAUGGUCUGCCGUCCCUGUUAAAUCACACCCUCCAGCCGGAGCAGGUAUAUACCACCGCGGGGGGAUCCUACCCAAGCAGGAUGCCGCCACAGCCCCCAGUCCACUUCUCCGGGAUAGAGGAGCUCAACGCAGGUGUUGCCGGGCAUAUGGCGAAAUCCUCGUCGGAGUUCAGCAGCCCUUCCAGCGACAAGUCAUACUUCGAGGCGCCCACCCCACCCAAGGAAAGUUUCGUCUACCUGUACAACAGCAGUCCAAUGAAGGAGAAAACGCGCACUUUCAAUUUCAGCGAAGAGGACCUGUUCACGGUGCUAUACGGCUACUCCAAAAACAGGGAGCACAACUGCGGCCACGCCGUGUCUGGCAUCGCCUUUCCGGGAAAUACCGCUUCUGAUAAUCAAAUACAUCUCAUGGACACGGAGGCUCUCGAGCUGCCUGAAGGGUUGUCUGUGCUCCAGACAAAGUACGGAGGAGUGCCCCAUUGCGGAGUUUUCGCCAGCCAAAGCGUAAUCCCGAAGGGUACGAGAUUUGGACCAUUUCAAGGAAAACUGGUUAAUACCAGCGAGAUCAAAAUAUACGACGACAAUACAUUGAUGUGGGAGAUUUUCGAGAACGGCCGCCUGAGCCACUUCGUGGACGGCCGCGGGGCCUCGGGAAACUGGAUGUCGCUUGUGAAGUGCGCUCGCUUUCCGGAGGAGCAGAACCUGCUGGCGGUCCAAAGCCACGGGCAAAUCUUCUACGAGGCCUGUAAGGAAAUCAGCCCGAAGCAGGAGCUACUCGUCUGGUACGGAGAUUCCUACGUGCAGUUCCUCGGGAUCCCGCUGACGCUGAAGGCCGUGAUGGCGGAGGGAAACGCCGAGCCGACCACGGAAGACUCUGGAGAGGGAUUCAAGUGUGAGCGGUGCGGGAAGGUUUUCGCCUACAAAUACUACAGAGACAAGCACCUGAAGUACACGCGUUGCGUGGAUCAGGGGGACCGGAAGUUUCCCUGCCACCUCUGCAACAGGUCGUUUGAAAAGCGCGACCGGCUCAGGAUCCAUAUUCUUCACGUUCAUGAGAAGCACAGACCCCACAAGUGCUCUGUAUGCGGAAAAAGUUUCUCGCAGUCGUCUAGUCUUAACAAACACAUGCGCGUCCAUUCUGGGGAGCGGCCAUACAAAUGCGUCUACUGUAACAAGGCAUUCACCGCCUCCAGCAUCUUACGGACGCACAUUAGGCAGCAUUCUGGCGAGAAACCCUUCAAAUGCAGGCACUGCGGAAAGGCGUUCGCCUCCCACGCCGCGCACGACAGCCACGUCCGGCGGACACACGCCAAAGACCGGCCUUAUUCCUGCGAUAUCUGCGCUAGCGCCUUUCAAGAAAUACAGGAACUCAAGUAUCACAUGAAGACUCACAAAGAGGGACCACUGAUAGAAACCAUCAUCCCCCCAAAUAUAUCUGCGAAUUUGACAGUGGGGGGCAAAGAUUUAUUCUCCAUGAACAGUGAAUGCCCGGGAACACAGAUACGCGCCGGAGAGAGCGUCUCUUACGCCGCGCCGCAGAACCACAGGCCCUGGAACUAGCGCGGCCCCAACUGAAGACUGUGCGACGACUUCUGAAGACGCUGCAACACUGUCUUAAUAACGUUAUGCUUGAUUAAAUAUAUAUUUAAUUGUAAGCAUCCUUGUGGACAAUGCAAUGGGUUGUUGUUUUGCCAAAUAUAUUUAUUUAUUUGUCUUGACUCUAUUCGUAAUAAGUGUUUGGGACCACGUUUUAUAUAUAUAAAUAUGUCCAUGUGAAUUUCACACUUCAGAAAAAAACGAAAAU